AUGGUUAAUUUAGAAGAUCGUUCUCCUGUAAUUGAAAUGCAGGUUAGCAAGUCAAAUGAAAAGAUGUUGCAGGACUGCCAUGUGAACGAAACUCCAGUCCUAGAGGAAAAGGUUGAUCAUGUGCAAGACGUAGAAGAGGCUGAUCUCAGUGAAGAAUCUGGGAAUAAAGUAGAAAAAAUAUUCAAUGAACCCUUUAGCAUAAGACCCGCUAUAGAACAAACAGUGGAAAUGCUGCAAAAUCCUAGCGCUAUUUAUGUGCCUGACAAUACCAUUCUAAGAAGAGUUUCUAAGGCCGAUGAUGAGGUGCUAGAUAUAAGGCUGAAAUGGUCUGAAGGAGAAAAGGAAGAUGCCAAAAUCAGCUGUCAAAGUGAGGGAUUCACAGCAAUGAAGCGAAAAAGAGGAAGAAAACCAAAACCGGAGAAAAUGAAGUUGAAGGAGAGCAAGGUUGUUGCAUUGUCGCGGCGAUCAACAAGACUAAACCAAUAA